GAAGGGCUGGGUCUGGGAUCAUCCCUGGAACUGGCCCAGCAUCCCAGAUGCUCUGGUGCCUUCUCUGGUUUCCUCUGAGUCAGACUCUCCGUGUCGCUCCCCGGCCCCCUCCCCGCUGGGAAAGACGAGAUGAGACCAGAGAGCACCUGAGCCCAGACGCCGAGGGGCCUGUGCCCCCUGCUCCAUGCACAGCGCUGUCCCGGCCACAGUGGCCCCACAGUCUCCAGGAGCCUGGGCUCAGCUCCGCGGGCUCUGCAUCCUUGUGCAGGGUGAAGGACAGGCCCCUGCUGUGCUGCGCGGCUGCCAGCAGCACGUCGUGGAGGGGCAGCAGGGCCCGCUCACGCUGAGCUCUCCCUGCAGGUGCGGGACGGCAGGGAUGAGGAGCCGGCAGCGGGUGUUUGCGGCGGCGAUGCGCCUGCUGCUCCGGUGCCUGCGGCUGGGCCGGCGGCGGCGCUGCACGCUGGUGCGGCAGGCGGAGCAGCUCUGGCGCUACGGGCACCUCUGCCUCCGCUCCCUGCUCUACAACUCCUUCACCAACGGCGACGUGGUGCUCGACUCCCUCUUCGAGCCCGUCUACUGGCUGGUGGACCACGUCACCCGCUGGUUCGGCGUGACCUACACGCCUGCCUGGAUCUGCUGGCACCUCGCCUACGGGCACUGGAACCUCAUCAUGAUCGUCUUCCACUACUACAUGGCCAUCACCACCUCACCCGGGCACCCACCGCAGGCCAAGGACGAUCUCACCGGCGUCUCCAUCUGCAGGAAGUGCAUUGCUCCCAAGCCUGCUCGCACCCACCACUGCAGCAUCUGCAACAGGUGUGUGCUGAAGAUGGACCACCACUGCCCCUGGCUAAACAACUGUGUGGGCCACUACAACCACCGCUACUUCUUCUCCUUCUGCCUGUUCAUGACCAUGGGCUGCAUCUACUGCAGCAUCAGCGGCUGGGAGAUGUUCCGGGACGCCUAUGCAGCCAUCGAGACGUACUACCAGACCCCACCACCCACCUUCUCCUUCCGCCAGCGAGCCUUCCACAAGAGCGUGGUCUACGUCUGGGUCCUGUGCAGCUCGGUGGCGUUGGCCUUGGGUGCUCUGACGCUGUGGCACGCUGCCCUCAUCACCCGCGGGGAAACCAGCAUCGAGCGGCACAUCAACAAGAAGGAGAGGCAGAGGCUGCAGAAGAAGGGCAAGCUCUUCAGGAACCCCUACAGUUACGGCAGCUGGGAUAACUGGAAGGUGUUCCUGGGUGUGGACAUGCCAAGGUAAAGACACAGGGAUGCCCCUGCCCGGGAAGGCGGUGGCUCAGCGGCACAUGGGGGUGUUGGGACACUGGGGGUCUCCUUGAGCAGAGCAGGACAGCAACCAUCCUGUGCUGGGCACUGCUCCGGGCUUUGCAAGGCACAGAGCACCUGGGCAUCAGCUGUAUUGUGGCUCCUCAGCCCUGCCCUGUGGCAGGUUCUGGUGUACCCAGCACCCCUGCGCCAAGAGAGUCCUGGUGGAGGAGCUCAGUCAGCAUCACAUCUCAGGGCUGCGGCUCACAGCCCUGGCUUCACUCUGCAGAGCUGAGCAGCACCAACACACUUCAGUAUGUUUGCUGUGGCCUCACUCCUGUCUCCACAGGCACUGGCUCACCCGUGUCCUGCUGCCCUCUCCUCACCUGCCCCACGGGACAGGCCUGAGCUGGGACCUGCCUCCCUGCGUGGCUGAGCAGCACGCACCGCUCCUGUCCAUCUGAGGCACGGGUGCUGUGGACAUCCCUCCCUGCGGGCAGGGGAGCACCCAGGGGACCCGCUCCGCCACUGCAGCGGAGUCCUUCCGCCUUGGAUCCGAGCAUGAGGCAGAAGGUGGGUGCUGGCACACAUCGCUCACCGGAGCCACAGCAAAUAGUGGACAAUGCUGGUGCACGGACGCUGCUCUCCGGGCUCCCUGGUGGCUGCAGGCAGCCCUGGGAAAGGCGGCAGGGCUGCUGCACCCUGCCCCAGCCGAGGGGGCUGCCCUCACAGCACAGGCACUGUGUGUAUGGUACCAGCGGGGUGCGGGCCAGCACACAGCAGGGCUCGGCUCUCCGGCAGGGCUGGGCACAGAGGAUGCACCCCUGGCCCUGAGCACGCCCCAGGAGCCUUUUUAAGACCAUCCAAUAAAUAUUGUUUUUUAAA